AUGCUCUCCGCUUCUUACGGACGCCUCAAGCAACACGUCGAGGUCGUCGUGAAAAACCAGUUUUACGACACCGCUGACCGCCGCCCGCUCCCUGUUAGCGUCGAAGUCAACAUCAGUACCUCCUCUCACCAGCUUGAUGGUCCCUAUGCGCCAGCUCAAUCAUCGGUCCCCUCCGCUAUAGAGCCCUCCGAAGGCGGCGGAGUUUGUACGGUCAUCGAGGAUAACGAUGGCAGUAGCGAUUCCAACUCGGAGAGCGAAGGCUCAGACGAUGACAGACCCUCGCCUUGUUGGAGUGGCAAUUCUCCUCCAGUCUCAUUCACACCGCAGCGUGCCAGCCCCGACGGAUGGAAGACUGGCAUUCCUGUCGUUGGCCCUGCACACAACAACAGCAUCGAUCAUGAUCAUAAACCCAUCUCGCUUGCCCGAGCCCCCGCUCGAACGUCUGCACCUCAAAGCCGCGGCAGCUCUGCCCGUGCCCCUAGCCGGUCUACGGACCCUCUUCCGACUGAUGCACGUCGCAUCCGAAAGCCUCAUGGUGAGCCCGGGAAGCCGAGCAACGGUGGCUACAGUCUGAAAGAGGCCUUGGGCUGGCCCUCCGACCGCUACAAUGCAGUUCGGCGCUCCAUGAACCAGCUGGUGGAUUCCUUCCUGGACACAUCGCGUCCUCUGACCAAGCAAACCUCGGCACGUCUAGAAGUCUUUGAGGAGGAGCUUUUCCCGGAGUUCGGCAACGACUUUCAGGACCGUUGGCCUAUUCGCGCCUUCGCCAGUAGCCGUCUGCACUAUCUACAGAACAAUACCGCUCGCCUGAAGCAGAAGGCAGAGCUGGCUCAGCUCAAAGAGAGCAGUGGGGGUGUCAAGCCCGAGGGGUCGGGCUCGUGA